ACAACGACCCACCGCUCAAGCUCAACCCUAUGCUCACUUCCAUGAGUUCCAUCCCCAUGGACAUUCUUUCCCGCCACCGGUCUUUUACUAUUCUUCGUUUUACAUUUCCAGAAUGCAAGAUCCACAGCAUUCUCCUGCUGCGAUUCCUUCUUCUUCUUCUUCUUCCGCUGUUGCUUCGUCGUCUACGAGCACCUCACAAGUCCGACAAGAGGAACACAGUAUCGGCCCUCCUCCAUUGCAGUCGCCUGAGUCCGACGCACAACCCCGGCGUAUGCUGCUCAACUUUGAAGCAAGCAAUUGGGAUUUCGCCAUUGCGCCUUGGCUUGCCAGGGAUGAUGCCUGGCCUUGUGUUGUGGUACUCUUGGCCUUUUGGUUAUUCGUUUCCCUGACUAUCAUUCUGGGAGUUUAUGGGCCUAUGACCCUACUGGUUAGCCCCCAUUCUUCCAUUCUUCUCCGACCCAGCCCUCUAUUCGUCCAAUAUAUGAAGGUGGAAGACUUGGUUGGGUCAGAGUCAGGAAUUAUGCUCUAUGGUACAUACGGAUCUCCACCUCUUGAUGUUGUCACCACCUGGGAAGAAAGUUAUAAUGCAUCCAUUUCAUCUUUUACAAGCAAGGAAUGGAAAUAUUACCUGAAUAAAGGAUCUCAAGUGAAUAUUUCAUAUCACCUGAGCUCUGAGAGCUCCUCUAUUUAUCUAUUAAUAAUUGAAGGGGGUGAUGGGACCCAGUGGCUUGAUGACCUAACAUAUGGGAGCACUCUCUCAUGGAACGAAGUCCAUGGAACGGGCAUGAUUACACAAGACAUAUUCUUUUCAUCAAGCUAUCACGUGAUAGCAAGAAAUUUGGAUGAGGAAGUGGAGGUCAAAUUGAGCAUCAGAAUAAGAUCCUCCUUGUACAAUACAACCAAAGCUUACUAUAAAUGUGCUUUGACAAAUAAUUCUUGUCGUGUUAAUAUCUACUUUCCUGAGGGGAAUGCGGCUAUUUUAACUUCUGAUUCACAACAGAACACUUCAAGGGAUGAGUGGCGUGUCAGAUUGUCCUUUGGACCAAGAUGGACCUCUUACAUUAUUGGCAUUGGCGGAAUGACUUUGUUGAUGUAUUUGAGCUUCACCUUAAUAGAGAAUUUCCAGCAAGCCCUUGUAAACAGGGCAAGAGUUCAAGCUGGGGAAACAGCAACUCAGAGAGCACCUUUGCUUUCUCAAAAAGAUGACGAUCUUUCAAGUUGGGGUUCAUCUUAUGAAUCCAUGUCACGUGAUGAGGAGGAUCUUGAUUUUCUUACAGUAGGUUCCGUUGAUGGAAAGUCUUUAGGUGAAGGUGAAACCAGUAAUAAUACCCGGCGUCUUUGUGCUAUUUGCUUUGAUGCCCCAAGGGACUGCUUCUUCCUUCCAUGUGGACACUGUGUUGCUUGUUUUGAAUGUGGAAACAGGAUAGCAGAAGCAGAUGGGACUUGCCCUGUUUGUCGUAGGAAGACCAAGAAAGUAAGGAAGAUUUUUACCGUCUGAGCAUUAUCAGCGUGAGGCUAACUAAUUGUGCAGAGCUGAACCACACAGAUCAAUUAAUGUGUGGCUAUAUAUGUCAUCAUAUGUUUUUGUCCUCCUUAUCAGCUCAUGGUAGUUAAUGAAAAUGACCAUUUGUUGAGGAAAUGUGAAGGAAUGACAUGUUGAUUGUACAAGUUUUCUGUUUGGGAGUAAAUAUACAGUCUGGCCCUUGAAAAAUAUGGGGAGAAUGACAAUUAUGUAGUGAAUUAAUGAUGGUUGAGCCUCCAUCAAAUUGCAAAUUUAGAAGUCUUAAUUGUGAACAAGACAUGUAAGUUUCAAAUGUAAUUCUUUUGCAAUUGUUAGAAUCAAUAUUUGCAA